AUGCCUUUGGCAUGGCUUGACGACUUUUCUCUAUUCAGCACGAUGCAAGAGAGCAACUACAAGCAUGUCAUCAGUCACGAAUAUAAGAUCGACUCGAUGCUCCGCAAGGGAAACUCUGCGAUGGAGACGGAUAUACUCAAGUUCUCGAAAUGGAUCAGUGACCACAAGGAUCAAGCCCAGUUUGCUUCCCGGGACUCAGCGCUCGGCACGGUCAUGACAAUGGCUGUGCAAGGCUUCUCUUCAGGGCCAGCGAUGUAUGCCUCUCGGGAAGUGUUUUUCCUGCGCAACAUGGCUAGGGAAGCAAGUCCCGUGUGCUUCUGGACAGGCACACAGCUUUCACUCACCGUGAUCAACUGUCCUAGAAGAAAAUUCUCUGUCGAUCGACGAUGUUUGAUCAAGGAGAGGCUCUCAUGUAUGGAGCAGAGGACUAGGUCCUGGUGGCCGCUUCGCACUUUUCGAACUGCGUGUAUGUUGCUUCCCAUCGAUAAUAGCUUUUUCAUGGAUCGAACCGUUGAUCAACGCAUUCAAUAUCUGAAGAAUAUUGAGCAAGGGUGGGAGGAUGGGGUCCAGUGGACGGAUCAUAUCAUUGAGGAGCUACGAGACGGAUUCGAUGCCGAGAAGGAGAAAAAGCCCUGGACCGCGGAGUGGGAGCAGAGGUGGCGCAAGUUCGUCAAUUCGAAGGUGCACAGGGACCGCGUCGUCUGGAGCAAGUUCGAGUGGCGCUUUUUCCUGGAGACGUGCCAGGGUCGAUCUCUCGUGACAGGCCAGCCAAUCGCACAGUGUGGUGUCGUGUCUUCAAUGAUGGCAGCUACACGACUGCAAACUGCAUUCUGA